AUGUCAUCCCAGAGCGUGCUCAUGCUCGGUGCGGGCUUCGUGACCCGGCCGACCCUCGAUAUCCUCAGCGAGGCCGGUAUCCCCGUCACCGUCGCCUGCAGGACGCUCGAGUCCGCGAAGAAGCUUUCCCAGGGCGUCGCCCACUCGACCCCCAUCUCCCUCGAUGUGACCGACGACAAGGCUCUCGAUGCUGAGGUCGCCAAGCACGAUCUGGUCAUCAGCUUGAUCCCUUACACCUUCCACGCCACCGUCAUCAAGUCGGCCAUCCGCCAGAAGAAGCAUGUCGUCACCACCAGCUACGUCUCGCCCGCCAUGAUGGAGCUCGACCAGCAGUGCAAGGACGCCGGCAUCACUGUCAUGAACGAGAUUGGCCUGGACCCCGGUAUUGACCACCUCUACGCCGUCAAGACCAUUGAGGAGGUGCACCAGGAGGGCGGCAAGAUCCUGUCCUUCCUGUCCUACUGCGGCGGUCUCCCCGCGCCUGAGGCCUCGGACAACCCUCUCGGCUACAAGUUCUCGUGGUCGUCGCGUGGCGUGCUGCUGGCGCUCCGCAACGCCGCCAAGUACUACCACGGCGGUUCCGUCGUCGACGUGCAGUCCAAGGACCUCAUGGGCACGGCCAAGCCCUACUUCAUCUACCCCGGCUACGCCUUUGUCGCGUACCCCAACCGUGACUCGACCCCCUACAAGGAGCGCUACAACAUCCCGGAGGCCGAGACCAUCAUCCGUGGUACCCUCCGCUACCAGGGCUUCCCCCAGUUCAUCCGCGUCCUGGUCGAGAUCGGCUUCCUCGACGACACGGCCCAGGAGACGCUCGCCCAGAACCAGCCCUGGAAGGAGGCCACCAAGACCAUCGUCGGCGCCUCGUCCUCGAGCGCCGCCGACCUCGAGAAGGCCAUCCUCGCCAAGGCGACCUUCGACUCGCCCGAGGACCAGCAGCGCAUCCUUGGCGGUCUGCGCUGGAUCGGCCUCUUUUCGGACGAGCAGACGAUUGCGCGUGGCAACCCGCUCGACACGCUCUGCGCGACGCUCGAGAAGAAGAUGCAGUUCGAGGAGGGCGAGCGCGACCUCGUCAUGCUGCAGCACAAGUUUGUCAUUGAGCACAAGAGCGGCGAGCGCGAGACGCGCACGUCGACCCUCGUCGAGUACGGCGACCCUGCCGGCUACUCGGCCAUGGCCAAGCUCGUCGGCGUGCCGUGCGCCGUCGCUGUCAAGCAGGUGCUCAACGGCACCCUCGCCGAGAAGGGCGUGCUCGCGCCCAUGACCUCCAAGAUCAACAACCCGCUCAUGAAGGAGCUCAAGGAGAAGUACGGCAUCAGCAUGGUCGAGAAGACUGUGUCGUAG